GAAGGUCACUCACUGCCAGAUUCUCAUGAGGCCCCCAGGUUAAAGGUCACUUUUUCGCCGCCCGAUCCGCCGCAAACAUGCCCAGAGAAGCCGAGCCGUCAGCAAAUGAAAAGGUCUUUGUCACACAAGCUCUCAAGGACAACUUGAGGCUUGACGGCCGGGAAUUCGACCAGUACCGAAAAGCCCAGCUCACUUUCGGCGAUGAGUUCGGAGUCGCCAAUGUCGAACUCGGCAAGACAAGGGUUCUCGUCAAGGUCUCGGCAGAAGUCACAGUCCCCUACGCAGACCGCCCCUUCGAGGGCAUCUUCCAAAUCACCUCCGAGCUGAGCCCCAUGGCCUCGCCUGCCUUCGAGGUCAACCGCCCAACUGAGGCCGAGGUCCUCCUCUCGCGCAUCCUCGAGAAGACGAUCCGACGCUCGGGCGCCCUCGACACCGAGUCUCUCUGCCUCAUCGCCGGCCAGAAGGUCUGGUCCGUCCGCGCCGACGUACACGUCCUCUCCCACGACGGGAACCUCACUGACGCGGCCUGCCUCGCCGUCAUCGCCGCCCUGCGUCACUUUCGCAAGCCCGACACUUCCAACGAGGGCCAGUCCCUCACCAUCUUCACACCUGCCGAGCGCGAGCCCGUACCCCUGAGCUGGUUGCACAGCCCCUUCUGCGUGACCUUCAGCUUCUUCGGCGACGAGGGCGAGAUCACGCUCGUCGAUGCGAACUGGAUCGAGGAGCAGCUGCGCACCAGCAGCAUGACGGUCAGUCUGAACAAGCACGGCGAGAUCAGUCAGAUUUCCAAACUAGGAGGCACACCUGUUGAGGCGGUGACGCUGCUGCACUGCGGGAACGUAGCGUUACAAAAGGCCAAGGACUUCUCGACACUGGUGGACGAGAAGCUGGCGGAGGACGCCAAGAGGAGAGACAAGGGCGGUCUCAUAUCGGAGCUCUUGUCCGCGGAGAACGACAGGGUAGUGGAUGCAUAGACGGAGACGGAAAAGUCCAGGAUGCGAAAAAAAAUUGUAAAAAU